AUGUUUCGAUCUGCCUGCAGUUUAGCAGAAAAAUAUUUGUGUAAUUCCGGAGUAUCGUUAGCGCGCUUUAUUUAUUUUUUGUUUGUUUCCUUCGCAAAAAAGUGUAAAAUUCCAGAAAUACUGCACAUCGUGGUGCAUAAAACAUUUAAUCAUUGAUCGAAAGAAGCGGAGAGCCGGUGGAAGCACCGGCCCGCAUACCUCCACUGUGCUUCAGGUCAAAACGGAAGCUCCGCAACCCGAAAAAGCGACUCGAGGUGGAAGAAAAGCUGGGAGAGGAGCUCAUAACAAUCCGCCAGCGCAAAGAGGUCGCAAAUCAAAUGCUGCUAAAGAAUUGGAAAAUCGUGUUGCCUUUGCGCCUCCAAAAUACCAUGAAGAAGUUAAAUUAGAGUAUGAUCUUCAUAAUUUAGCUUGCCCACACGCCGAAUCAUGUAUAUGUGAGUUUUAAAGAAGUUUUUACGAGUGUUUUGUAUUUCAUAAAAUAAAAUUUAGAUUCAUUGAACUUACCAAAAUAUGCUUCAAUACAAACAGGAUGGAAUAAACAAUUGAGAUCGAUGAGAAAAAUCAGAUUUGUUGAUAAUGUUCGAGCAAAAUUGAUGAAAAAGAAAAAAAGGAGAAAGGCGAAAAAAGUAGUUGCAGUAUUUGAUGCGAAAAAGAUGUUAAAUAUGAGGAUUUUGAGGAAAAAACGAAAAACAAUUAAAAAUCCCAAAGUUGCGAAGAAGGUGAUGAGAAAGACGAAAAAAUUGGCGACGAAAAAUGUGAAAAGACAUGGGAAGAUUGUGAAUAAGAAAAAGAUUUUGCUGAAAAAUGGAAAGUUGAAGCUGAAAAAGAGAAAGGAUUUGAGAAAAUCAAAGAUGAAGACUGCGAAAAAUGUGAAGCUGAAACUCCGACAGAUUAUUAAAUAUAAGAAAGAGGAUUGGAUUGUUAUUUCGAAGCGAGGUUGUGCCAAGCGAGGAUAUCAAUAUUCUGCUGUUCUUGUAAGUUUUUUGGGGGAAAGGGAAUCACUAGUUUUUAUAUUGGAAAGUCACUCUUCAUUUUUAGAAAGGCGAAUUCAAUGGUGAGAAAAUAUUCCGUUAUAAACGAGUGAAAAAUGGUGCUGGAAUUCGUGUUCUGAAAAAUGAGAAAAACGAGAAAGUCAAAUUUAUCGCUUCUUUGCCAUAUUCGAAACCUGAACUGGAGAAAAUCGAUUAUCCGAGGAUUUAUCCUGAAGUCGAGAAAAAAGAUGAGAAAACAAAAGGAUCGGAGAAAAAGAAAACUUUGAAAAGCCCCCAGAAAAAACCUGUAAAUAGUGCUAAAAAGAAGAAAAUUACUGGAGGAGCUACUGUAUCAAAAAAGAAACAGAAAAAAUCAGCAAAACCUGUAGAAAAGCUGGAAAAUAAGGAACUCGAAAAGAAGAAGAAGAAAACAGGAGAGAAAAAGAAAAGUACGAAGAAGAAAAAUAAGGUUAAAAAGUUAAAAAAUAAGAAAAAGAAGAAUAAAAAGAAGAAGAAGAGGAUUGAUGAAUUUGAAAAAGGAAUUGAUGUUCGACAAAAGCCAGUUCCAUUUGUUGAAGAAUUUAUUAUUGAUGAUCAUUCGCUUAUUGCAUUUGCUACCGUCGCAGAUGAAAAAGUUGGUUUUUUUCGGAAAAUUUGAAAAAUUUUGAUAUAAAAUUUGAUUUGAAACAUGAAGAAAACGUACAAAUUUGAGAAACCGUUGAAGUUCAGAAAAUUCUACAAAUUCACAAACAUUCUUUUUUAUUCUGAAAUUUCAGAAUUCCUGGACUCUCCUGAAUUCAAAUACUUGAGAUCCUUACCGAUUUUGUCAAAUCAAAAUAUUUAUUCAGAAAUUUCACGCAUUUAUUUUCUUUCGAAAAAAUCUCGAAAUAAAUUCUUCAAAAUUUCAUUUAAAUUUUGACGUGACAUUUUUCUGCCACGUGUCACUCGCGUGUUUUUUUUUAUUUAAAAAUAAUUACUUCUUCAUUCUUCAUUUCAGAAAUAUCAACAACAAGUUGCCUAUCGUCGUCGAAAACUCAUAGAAUAUUAUUGGUGGACACAAAUCCAAAAUCUUUGCGCUGACACCAAAAAACAUUUGCAAUAUUUUAAGAAAAAGGUUGGUCUGAUAACUUUACUCAACAGAUUUAUUUAUGUAAACUGUUUUACAGCGAAAAAAUGAACAUUUGAAGAGAAAGGAGGAAGCAAAACAGAAACGAGCCGAAUUCAAACGAGUAAAUGAGCAAUUGAGAGAAAAAUAUUGGGAAGUUGCUAAACAUAUUAGACAAUAUGAACAAGAAAGGCCCAAUGAGGAGUGUCGUAAGUAUCAGUUUCGGGGGAGCUCUAGAGAAACGGAUAAGAUUCAGCAAUUAACUUCUGGUGAAUUUUAUUAUGCUGAUAACGAUUCUGAAGUCGAAAAUUCUCUUCCAAAUUUGAAGAUAGCUUAAAAAGGCUCACAGAUAUUUUUGAAAAUUUUCAACCUCAAAAUUGUUAUAAUCAGAAUCCAGUUUUAAUAUUCCCACCAAAUUUUGUUUCAAAAAAUAUAUUACACCUUGUGCACCCUUCUCUCAUUAGAAAAAGGUAAUCGUAAAUAUUUUGCAGCUCCUGAUUUGAUUGAUGCAUUUUAUAUGAUUUCUGAUGAAUUGAAACAUCGAAAAGAAGAAUGCAAAAAACGACGAGUUCUUCAUAAAAUCAAGAAAUCUUGGGAGAAACAAUUGCACAAAAUUCGAAGAGAAGUUCAAAAACGAUAUCCAAUUAUGAAGAUAAUGUUGAAUAUGGUUAUGAAUCGACACAAAUUAACACUUCAACUUGUAACAUCUGGAAAUAAAGAGGUUUUACCGAUUCGAAAAGGAAAGAAGGGAAAACUUGUUAUGCCGACUAGAAAAUAUGAUCGAAUUUUGAAGGAUCAAGCGAAAAAAGAGCAGAAAAUUGUUGUAGAAAUCAAGAAGAAAGAAGAAGUUGGAAUGAAAAAGAAAAAUAAGAAGAAAAAGAGGAAAAUGACAGAAAUGGAAAAGGAAAUGUUGAGAAAAAGAAGAGAAAGAAUAAAUAAAGUUGCGAGAAAAUGUGUGAGGAAAAAGAAAAAUAAGAAGGACAAGAAGAAAAAGCAGAAGAAUACAUCACCAUUGAAGAAAAUGAUGAAAAAAUCGAAAAAAAGGUCCCAAAAAGGCUAAUUCGAAAAAACCAGCUGAUAAAAACAAAAAAGGCAAGAUCUUCAAAAGAGUAGUUCGCGGACCACAUGGAAAAUCGAAAAUUGGCAGAAAAUAUGGGCCGAGAAGAUUGGAUUUGUUGAGAAUGCGUGGAUGGAUGGAUAAAAUGACAUUAGAGGAUCGAGUUGAUUUUAUGAAUUUGUUGAAGUCUUUUUCGUUGGCUGAUUUGAAGACAAAUGCGAGGAAGAAGCAGACAAUGAUGAUUGAUAAAGCUAUUAAUUUUAGGGUGAGGUUUUUGGGGAACGGGGGGGGGGGCUGAAAUCGAUUCUUUGAGAAUACAACAAAUUUAUCCGUGGAAGUAUUUAGGAAACAAUAUUUUUCCAAUUUUUACUGAAAAUUUUUGAAAAAUAAUUACAAGUCGGAAAAUUUUCCGAGUGAAAAAUAACACGAAUAAAUUCCUGACGGUUUUUCACCCGAAUUUUGUUUGAUAAGUUCUUUCUGCAGCACGUUUUGAGUUUCGAAAUUUUGUAUUAUAUUUUUUGAAAGCUGUCCGAUGUUUGAGCCUAGUUUAAAAAUAUAACUUCAUCCCUUUCAUAUUUAAAGCCGAUUUUUUAGACACUACAUUUCAAACAUAAAUGAUUUCGCUGUUUUUUUCACCUGGAUAAAGUGUAAUUGAGAUUUUUGAAUAAUUAAUUUCAGCUGCUUUACAGUAUCCCAAAAAGUCAGAUUUCUUGACUGUCAAAAUCUCCCAACUUUAAAAAUUUAGAACUUCCUUGUCCCUCCAACAGUCCCUUCUUUUUUCCAAAAAAUAUUUAUGUUUUUAACUGCUAUCUAUCUAGUAUUAGGAUAAUCCCGAUCAAAGUAUUUCUAGCUUUCAAAAUAAUUAGUUAUAUUAGUGUUGUGUGGGUUUUCUUCAUCUUCAUCUGCCUGCUUGCUUGGUUGCUUCUCUAAUCUCCUCUUAUAGUUUAUCCCGGAUUUAAAGUGAACGAUUUACUGAAAAUCAAAAGUGAAUAAUCUAAUGAUGACGAGGCGAGAAUUAAUCAGCCAGCGCAAAAAAAGACAAUGUUCGAAAAUCAUUAGCAUGCAGAGCGGAAAUAAUGAAAUCAUAAGGGGAUUUAGAAUGUUUUUCACAUUUUCUUGUUUUUUCCAGACCAAUCAAAUGCUCGAAAGAUUAAGAAAGCAACACACAAAUUAUACGGAGAAUGAUGAGUUCAAGGUGGGUUUUUGAAGUUUUUUUUUGAUAAGAAUAACUAUUUUGGAAUCAUUUUGCUAAGGGUUUCCAUGCUUAUUAUGAAAACAAACCGGAAUUUCUAAAUUUUUAAAUUUCUAAAAAUACUUUUUCUUAGAAAAAAGUUCCCCUUGAGUAUUUUUUUUCUCAAAAAAUAUAAUUGAUAUCAUUAUUUUCAAUCAGACUGAUGAUAUUAGUUUUCCCUCGACUAGUUUUGAUUUUUUGCUCACUUCAUAUUUUAUUAUAGCCUGAGAAAGGUUGAAAUUAUGAGGUUUCUGCUUUUUGUACCAUGAUUUAUUUUUUGUAAUAUCAUUUUAUCAUUCGGUCUGCUGAGCUUUUUCUAUUUGUGCAGAGCCAUUUUUAAUUAAAAAAAUAUGAUGUGUAAUAGUUCGAUCCAAUUAUUUUUUUACACAGUUCUCGCCCAAAAAUAAGACGGUUUUAAUAUUGGCUCGGCCUGCCCAAUUAUAUUUUUACACACACCUUUUCAAAAAAUCGUAUAGCUGGGGAAAUGUCAGAAAAUAAUUGUGGGAUUAUUUUUUGCACAAAAUUAUUGUGAUUAGUCAAAUCUCUUGAUACUUGGAAUUCUUGUGGUUCUUUGAACCAAAAUCCAGAAUGUUGCAAUUUUUGGGGGAGAAAUUUGAUACCGCAAAAAGCUGACGUGGUUGGAAAUUCCAGGAAAAAGUAAUAUAAUAUAAUAUAUAUUAUUUAACAGUUGAUAUCAAACUAAACUAUAUAUAUAUACACAUAUUUAUUUAUUUAUGUAUUUAUUUUUCCACUCUUCGAUGUUCAAAGAACUUCUUCUUCUUCUUGUUGUCUCGGUCUCUCGAUCUUUUUUUUUCUUUCCAAUUUUCUUCCCUUCUUCUCUUCGCUCUUUUUUUUUGCCCUGCAACAACCACUUAACAACAUGUUGGUUUUUGUUUGUUCCGAAAUGAAUGGGGGAAGAAAGAGAAGGAAAACAAAAUGUGUAUUUGCACUUUUUUUGGAAGAAAAAGAAGAAGAACGGACGCGAAAUAAAGAGAAAUGGAAGAAAAAAGAAACAUUGUUCAAAUGGUCUGUUGUAUAUACAUAUUUGCUUUGCGAGAAAAAAAGAGGGAAAAAUUUGACGCUUGUUCAAAUAAAGAAAGAAAAUGAUCUAUUGAACGAUUGUAAUUCGAGAUUUUUUUUCUUGGUCUGGUUGAUUUAUGGACCAAAACACGGAAUUAAACUACUUUGAAUGAAUACUUGGAGAUUUAGACUUUCAUACACACAAAGUCUGUAGGUACGUUCGUUUGCAACUACAAAAAUACAAUUGUUUCUAUCAUACAAAACACAGGGCGCUUUCUGCCAGCUUGUGGUGAUUUUUAGUUAUCGGAUCUAUUCCUUCUAAUCUUUGCUAUUCUAUUUUUGCCGGAUUAUUUUAUUUUUCAUACUUGAUCAGUUCAUCUUCCUUCCCACGCGCACGCGAUCUCCAAUUUUUUGCUGGGUUUUCUCGAAACCCUGAACAAAUUUGUGCUGAAAACAACAACAUCCCUCGACUGAGUCAUUUCCAUAUACAUACACAUAUUUUUCCGUCUUCUAGCAAAUCCCCGGCUCACCUAAUCGGAGUAGCUCAUGCAUAUGUGUUUUUUUUCUGCUCAUUCGCCCCUCGGUUUUUUUGUGCUGCUGUUUUCUUGCCUGAAAAAUUGAGUGCGCGACAACGACGUCUUCGUUUUUUUUGUGCGUUGUGUGUCGAAAAAAAUGGACAGCAACAGCAGAAGAAGCAGCAGCGCUCGCCUCAUUCUCUCACAUACUCUAUUCAUCCAUCUGUUGAACAUUCUGACUCGUUUCGUAUGCUUCUCUCAUAUCGUACUAUCUCGCCGUAUGCUUCUCUACCCCAUAGAUCUAUAAAAACUGUCUGAUUCUCUCGACGAAAUCUCUCGUCGUUGAGAAAUACUGCCGCCUGCUGCCAAAUUGUAUACUCUACACUAUUUCGGUGAAGGAAACGAUUCGAUGUGUUUUUUUCGCAUUUUUCCACGGUCACUCUUCUUCUUUUCUUCUUCGUUUAUUAUUGAUGUGUCUGUGUGUUAUUUCGACAACUUUCACUUUUUUCUCGUCUUCACGAACGCAUGCGCGGAUUUUUUUCGCUGGAAGGAAGGGAAAUAGAAAGAAGAAAAUGAUGAAGAAAAGAAAUUGGGCAGUCGAGAUAAAAGUACACAUUAUGUAUUUUACGAAUAACACGAUCAGAUGGAAAAAUAUGGUACUUGUUGUUUUCAAAAAUUCUUUCUCUAAUUCUCUUUCUCUCUUCAUAAUCUACUACACCUGAUACAAUUCGCUAAUCGCCUCAAAAAUAGAUACAAAUUGAUUUAGUUUUGUAGUUAGUUUUGUCUGCCCUUUUUCGGUGGUCGUUCUUUUUUUCCACUUUUUUUUUGCAAUCAUAAUCUUUUCGGAGGUCUAGCCUGUUUACUCAAACAUUUUGGAUAGGGAUUUUGUUUACACACACUCACUCUCACUCCACCUUCAAGACACAACAACAAAAAUAAAUAUAACAAAAACGACGGAAGAAGAAAAAGAAGAAGAUAUUAGACCCAAUGUCAAUAUUAGGUCAGACAAAGUGUAUUUUUGGUCGGGCGGGGACCCGACAGUGUGUUCCGCGAUUUUAUACUGUAAAUACUAAAUACACUUUAAAAAUUGAAAGUGAGUGUGUAUUCAAAAGCCACGUGGAAUGAAACAGUUAACGGUCACCCAUUAUUCAAGUGACUAGGAGAAUAAUAAACUCUGGAGAUUCGGACACGUAGUACAGUGGUGUACGACAUUGACCAUUGAGGAUUCAAGUCACACUGCCUGAGUUGAUCGACACUAGGAAUGAAACCCGUCAUCGGGAGAACCACUACCACUGAGCCUAUUACGAAAACAUGAUUUUUGGUCUCUCUAUUCCUCCUCUAAUGAGGGGUUGCGAUUUGAAACAACAUUAUGCUGUUCUAUGCUACAAAAAAUGUAUAUUGAAAAAUUGAUCGUGUGUGUCGCUCUUUCAUCUCAUAUUUCCUCUCCUCUCUUCUCUCCUUUGAUUUCCCAUAGGCAAUUCCAGUUUAUCAUCAUCAUUGGCCCCGUCAUCUCAUCAUCAUCGUUGAUUCGAUUUAGACAUUUUGUGUUGUUCCAGAGAAUGCACUUCUCUUUCUCUCUCUAUCUUUUCUCUUUCCCCCAUUUUUCAUCAAGUGAUUUUUUGUCAUCUUCAUCUUUUACAUAUGUGAACAUACAAAUCCCUGCAUUUUUUUGUAUGUGUGCCUCCUCAAAUUUUGUCUCUCCCCCCCCCCUUUUUUCCCCAUUUUUUUCUCUCGUUUUUCGAUCAAGGUCCUUUGUGGUUGGGGGGUUUUUGUCCUCCUCUUCUUCUUCUUCUUCUCUUUUUUCGCUCAUCGUCGUUAGUUUUUUCCGUCUCCUUCUCUAAUUCUUCGCUAUUUUUCUCUUUUUCUCUCUCGCUAACACUAUCUCAUUUCAUCUCCUUCUCUACCCAAUACUAUCUCAUUUUUCGUAUGAUUCUCUUGGUUAUUUGUGAUGUUUGUCUCAAAUUCACUGCGGGCGCUGCUAGUUAUCUAUGUCGAUUUUUUGUCGCCGUAUUCUUUCUCUUGUUGUCCGUUGAUUCGACCCGCCCGCCCGCCUUCUUUUUUCUUGAAGAAGAAUUCGCUUUUUGUGAUUGAAAUUGACUGAAAGAUAGAAUUGAAAAGAUAAAAAAGAACAUGUGAUUUAGGAGGGAUCAAAGUACCAUAGUGUCUCUUGCAGCCGAAAAAGUUGCGAUGAAAAGUUUUUGUUGUUGCUGUGAUCCAAUCCCACGGGCAUUUCUUUCCUUUCUUCUUCCGUUUCUCAAGAUUCUUAUCAUAUGAUGUUUGAUGGCAGAAGGAACAUCCCAUAAAUUAUGGUUUCCUAAAGGCAUAGUGUUCCUUUUUGCCUGAUGCCACCCGUCUUUGUUUGGUUGGUGUAAAAAGAGAUUCAAUCUUUCUUCUUCCUUUUUUUGAAUAGUUUUUUUGUGUGGUCUGGUGGUCACCCGCCCGCUGAAAAUCGUAAUUGGGCGCGAAUAAACAGCGGCACACAAUAAAUGACCUUGUGAUGUCUCAAGGUUUUUUUUGCCCACUCAUUCAUUCAAUUCACACUUUGGUUUUGGAAAAAAGGUGCACUCUGUGUGGGACAACGACACUUUUCAUCGAAAUGUUUGGCAGGAAAAGAUCAACUGAUAAAUGUGUUGACUUUUUUCUUUUAAAGAAGAAGACAAAAAGUGAAGAAGACGCCACAACCAAAAACGAUGUAUGAUAACAGUUUUUCGAUCAGAGUGUUGAUGAAAUGAUAAGACGAUGAAAAAAGAGACAAAAAUUAUGGGCAAACAAAACGUGACCGCAAAUUUAUACGUAUCUAUCAAAAUGAACCCAACUCCAACCGAUAAGAAACGUGUUUUUCACUUCUUUUUUGGUAACUACAUCGAACAAUGAAAGUGCGCAAUCAAAUUAUUGCGUAAUUGGCAGAUGGUAGAAAGAGUUGUUGUACUGUACAGACACAUUUUUAAUUGGGAAAAAACAUCAACAUAGAUAGAAAAGCGAGAGUUCUCUACUUUACACUGUGUAUUUUUAUCAGUCAGUUGGCAUGUGGCCAAUAUAACUUUUGUUGAGGCGAUGUUGAUUCACAUGACCAUUCAGUCAUCUGGAUUUUUGUUCAUUUUUGCUGCUUCAAAUGAGUUUGUUGCCUUUUUCAUUUCGAUAUACUACUCAACAAUUUAUCUAUCUAUUCGUUUUUUCUAUCCAUCCAUCUCCUAUUCAUCCAUCCAUCCAUCUAUCCACUUUGUUGUAUUCGUUUUCGCUCUUUUUUCUAUUUUUUCUUCUUCUUCGUCCUCUCCCCCUUUUUUCACAUCAUUUUCCGUCGUCUUCUCUAAUCCCUACACUCUUGUGUCUCUCAAUCUCUGCACCCUCUUCUUCUCAAUUUUCUGCAUCUCUGCACUCUCUUCUCUCUUAUCUUUCUCAUUCUCUAGACCCUCUUUAUGUAUCGUCUAGAUGGAUUUGUGUGUAUGUGUGUGUGGCGUGUCAUUUAUUUUCUCCCCCCCCUCACACCCAUUUUCUUCUUUCGCUGUCUCUUUUUUUGCUGCUUCGUUUUCUUUUCCGUUCAAAUGCGAGAGCCAGCAGUUUUUUGUCUAGUUUGAUGCUGAAAAUUAUUUGCUACCCGGAACCACUGGUACAUUUUCUUAUCUAUAGUUAGUUCUAGGAUGUAGUGCACGGUAUAUUUGAUUUCCCACGAUCAUAAUUAUUUUUGUUUUGAAUUCUUUCGCUUGAUGAAAUGUAUAUAUAAUAUUUAUUUGAAUUGUUAUGAUGUAUAUUAUAAUAAUAAAAAUGAUAUUGUUUGUUUGCAAACCGUUUUCGUCCUAUUAUUAUCAUCAUUUCUCUCUCUCUCUCUCCCUCUUUUUAUCAUUUUCGACCCUUGUUAUCUAUCAGGUUGUAUCAUUUUAGGUGAUUGGUAGAAUUCCAAGUUUUUUUAUAGAGGCUGAAUUUGACAAGUGCAAAAAACAUUGGUUGAUAAGAUGGUAGAGUCAUAUGAUAAAAUUUCGAAAUUUUUUCUGUGUUGUUGUUUGAACAGCUUUUCUCUCUUCUCUUGUUCGAUCAUUUCCAAUUUUGUUUUAGUUGUUCUAGUUUGUUGACCUUUCUUGUCAAUCAACAAAUGAUCUUAUCGUAUAUUGUCUGCAUUUUGAUAGUAGUUUUUGUUGACAGCUGAAAUUAUAGUGUGUCUGAGAAACCGUUUUUCGUUUUUUCAGCUGUUCUCCACCUGCGUUCUUUUUUUUCUAAUCAUAUAUUCAACCAAUUUUGAUCUCACACCCCAUAGAGUACUUCGAUCCGGUUUUUUUCCAUUCUCCGCUCUGGUUUUCACUUUUUGAAUAUGUUCUUUUGCUGCUGUCCGAUAUCAUUGACCAUCAAGCCGACUAGCCAUUAUAAUUACAAUAUAAUGAUGACGAGAAAAAUCGAAAGCCUGGUUAUUCUUCUUUUUCUAAAUAUCCAGUUUUCGAAUCUCGCAACCGACCAUUCUGAUCUUUUUUUCCGAGAGAAUAUGGAGUUUCACUUUUUCUUGUAUAAUGAACUCUUGUUUUAUAGGGGAGUAAGAUAAGAAAUUGAGUUUAUCUGAACAUUUUUGCACAAUUAAACUACCAGGUACCGUAUUUAUAAACUUGGUAGGCCAAAAAUUGGAGAAAAAUUGAGUUAAACUAAUGUGAUUUUGGAACUUUGGUCCAUUUUGAAGAAUCAAUUAGUCGAAGUCUAAAUCUCUUAUCACACUAUGUGGGGAUCAAACUAUAAACAUUUCGUAGAUCAGAAUCGACAAUACCCUUUGCUUUCAGUUCUGGGAUUAGAACUGUUCUGAGAAGAUUUCAUAGGCUGUACUGUAGUAUCAAAUAAUUCUGCAAAGUUUUUUUUUGAUUAUUCCCUCUCUUUUUUUGCCAAUUUUUUUCAGUUUCAAUAAUAAACUGCAAUUUUUCUUCGCUCGUCUACCAAUUUAUUUAUAGUCCAAAAAUAUUAAUCAUACUUUUUUUCUAGAAAAGAGAGGAAGUCGUUGGUGAAAAUCAGAGUUCCGAACAACUUCUGACUGCCGACGAGCAACACCAAAUCGACGAAGAAGUUGAAAUCGAGUGCGCUGUUGAAGAACGACGACUACAGCAAGAAUUUGAGAACGCAAUCGCCCAAAAAGCACAAGAACCUGGAGCCGAGAAAUUGAGCGCCGAACAAAAACGACAACAAUUCGAUAAACUUCGUCAAGAAAUAUUUGGAAUUGUUGUAGAAUCGCCGAAGGUGAGCGCCCCCUUUUUUUCACAUUCUCAUCGCAUUUUCAUUGAAAAAUCGAAUUAAACAAUUAUUAAUUUUUCAUAAUUUGAUCAACAAUUUUUUGAGAGAAUCAUACAGUAUCAAAAAUCUUUUCUUUCUUUUUCUGCAGAUCAAAUCAUUUUUUAAUAAUAAAAAAUGGCUCAGACAUUGUAAUAAAAACAUUCCUUUUUUUCAAUAAUCAAAAAAAAAAAGAGAUUUUUAAACUGUACCGCCUCCUUAUUUCAUUUCAUUUCAUUUUCCCGCUCAUAUUUAUAAUAAAAAUGUCAUCUUUGCAGUCGUCCUCAAAUCAACCGGAGAAACGAGAGAAGCGAAAAUAUACGAAACGUAAAAAUAUUGCGCCUGAUAUGAAGAGUCCUGGCACAUCUUCAACAAUGACAGAAGCCGCCGCACCAAACACAACCAAUAAUAAUGCUCAAAAUGCUCAACAACAAAAUGUUGUUGUUCCAACUGGAACUGUGCCAGCUGCCACUCAACAAUCAGUGAUUGGAAUCAGCAAUCAGGCAGCAUUAUCAGCUGGUUCAGCGCCAAAAAGAGGAAAUAGUGAAACACCACCAGGAGCUGGACAACAAGCUAAAAUACCGAAAAUUGGGGAUGAUAUUUAUCGAAGCAGUUUGAUUGGAAUUGCAAAACCACAAGAUGUUAUUGGAAUUUCGACAAAUGGAACAGGAACACAUCCGAAUGAUUCAAAAUCAACACCACAAUCAUCAUCAACUCAAUCACUUUAUGUCAAUACAUCUUCCUCAUCAACAACAUCUACAAAUUCCACGAAUUCAUUGCCAGUUAAUCCGUUGCUAGCAACUUCGGCGAACAGUGAUAUUUCUGCAGUGACUGCUGAACAAUUGAAACUAUUGCCAACUUUGCAAAAUGGUGCACCAUUUUUGGCGGCUGGUGGAGGUGGAACUAUUCCAUUUUAUUCUAUUCAAAAAGUGAGUUUCUCAUAUUUUUUAAAAGGAACAUUUGAAUCGAAAGAAUUCAAUUUUUAAGGCUUUCUGAAUUGGACCCGGUCUGAUUUUUUUGAAAUUCUGAAUCGGCUCGAAAAGCCAGUUUGUUUGUUGAAAUUUUGAAAAUGCCUUCUUCCAGUUUUCUUUCCAAAAUUUCAUUAUAGACAAGCACCAACUCAUGAAAUUUUAAUGGCUUCUCGUUUUUUUUUUGCCGGAUCAGAGCAGAGAACCAUUUUCUCUUUUUUCCUCUUUCGUUUUUUCUGGUUUUGCCCAAAUUGAAUUUGGAGCAAAUCCAACAACAAAAAGAGGGGAGAAAGGAAGUGCGUUUAGCGGGCGACCGGAAAUUAAAUGUACAAAUUGUUAUCGAUUUUUCGAAUUUUUCUAGUUUUGUUAGGGACAAACAUGAUUGUCAUACAGAAUUUCACACGAAUAUUAAAGCCACGAGGCGAUUAGUUCUCUCUUUCUCUUGUAAACAAAUAAAAUAGUUUAUUUUUUUCCAGCAACUUGAACAUCAUGGAGUUACUGUACCUGGUCAAGUUAGUUCGAAUGCUCCAACUACAGUAACCGCUGGAAAUAAAGGACCAAAUGCAACAACAACUGUUAGCAGUAGCAAUGCAUCUGCAGUAACUAUGCAGCAACAAAUGGCUGCGGCUGCAGCUGCCAGUUCACUUGCUCUCAAUGGUCUGCAAUUCCCGGCAAAUGCAGCACUUGGAUCACAACUCGCCGGAGCUGCACUUUUAGCGCAAGUUCCGCCAAUUUCAAAGAAACCUGGAAAAUGGUGUAUGAUGCAUGUGAAGAUUGCCAAUGAUAUUCAAAAUAUUCAAAAAAGUCAAUUGCCAACUGAAGGAGGUUCGACAUCGGUUAAAAGUGAUGUGCAAGUGCAACCACAAGCACAACAAGUUGCACCGCAACAAAGACCUGCGCAACCACAACAAGCUAUCCCAUCGGUUGGAGCUGAUUUGGCGGUGGCUGCAGCACAAGCUCAAGCUCAAGCGCAUAUUCAACAACAGGCAAGACUUGCUGCACAAUGUGCACCAUCAACUAGUCAUUCGAAUGCUCAAUCACAAUUUGCCACAUUCCCACCACCGGCUCUCAGUGGAGGACCACAAAAUUAUUCGGGAAAUCCGCAAUUGAUGGCUGCCACUAUUCAAGAAGCUGCGAGACGUGUUGCGUGAGUUUUUUAUUUUCAAAAAGAAAAAACAAUUAUCGAUAACCCCACUAACAAAACACACAAAAAUACACAUUUUUUGAGUCCCCUGAAAAUUAUCGCAACCCGUUCCAGCCCGAUGAUGAAGAAUGCAAAUUGCAGGGCAACUCCGAAACCGGCGAAUCCGGCAAUUCGGCCACCUUCUCAACAGCAACAAGCAAGACAACAAUUGGGCACACCGCAACAAUUGCAGCAACCUUCUGCAGCCGCUGCGGCAGCUGCAGCAGCAGCGAUAUCUGCGAUGGGAUUGGCACAACCGGCGACGACUGCAACAUCUGGUGGAUCACUGACGAAUGGAAUCAGCGACGCUGCUGCGCAUGCUGCAUUCCAACAACAGCAACAGCAGCAAGCAUUGUUUCAGCUUUUGAUUCAACAGCAACAGCAACAACAGGCUGCGCAGCAAAGAGAGCAACAACAAAGAGAAUUGGCUGCGGCUGCAGCUGCUGCACAACAACAGCAACAAGCUCAGGCUCAACAGCAGCAGCAACAAGCUCAAGCACAGGCUCAGGCUCAAGCUCAAGCUCAACAGCAGCAACAGAUGCAACUAUUCCAACAAGUUGCCGCCGCAGUUGGACAUCAGCAACAACAGCAACAGUCGCAACCAAAUAUUCAGCAACUUUUGUUCAUGCAAGCCGCUGCUGGAGGUGAUCAACGGGCUGCAAUUGCUCAACAACUUUUGCAGCAACUUCAACAACAAUCGCAGCAACCACAAUCUUCGCAAGCUCAACAACCAUCGCAAUUCGAUUUAUUGCGUCAGCAACUCGAGCAACAACAAGCGGCAGCUGCUGCGGCUCAAGCGCAAGCUCAGGCUCAAGCGCAACAAUUGCAGCAAUUGUUGCUUUCGGUGAAUAAUAAUGGAAAUGGUGCGUCGGCUGAUAUUUUGAGAUUAUUGCAACAAUCGCAACAGGUGAGCAUUUAUUUUUCAGGGAUUUUGGGGGAUGGUUGCAAACUGGAUUAAAAUUUUAAAAAGAUGAAUUAAUCUGAUUUUGAAGCGAGCUAAUUCGAUCUGAAAACUCAAAAAAAUUGAAAUUCAGAGUUUGUCAAUUUUUUUCGACUUUUCAGUGAAAACAGAGUUUUUCUCACAAACAAAAAAUAAUUCUUUUUUUUCUAGCAAACUCAACAGCAACCACAACAACAACAACCGCAACAGCAACAAGCUGGUCGACAAGCCAAUAUCGAAGCAAUCUUGGCUCUCCAACAACAAGCUCAACAGGCUCAACAAGCCCAUGCUGCACGAAUUCAAGGAAUUCCCGGAAUCCCAGCCGGUUUAUCAAUUGGUCAAGCAGGACAACCAGCUGUAUCAGCCGCACCACAAAAUGCACAACAAGCUGCCCAAUUUAUGCAACAAAUGGGUCUUUCGCAAAAUAUGCUUGCCGCUGUACAACAACAAGCAAAAUUGCCGCAAUUUAGCGCGGCUCAACAAAAUGGACGAUAG